CCGCGGCCCCCGGCAGCGCCGCCUCCGCUCCCCGCCUCCCCGCGCUCGGAGGGCGGGGAGCGGGGGGGGGGGGGGGGGAGCCGGGACUGGCGGCGACGCGAAGCCCUUUGUCGCCGAAGCCGCCUUCCGCGGCGCUCUCCGCGCCGGAGCCGGAGGGGCCGCGCCGGCGCCGAGGGGACCACCGGCAGCGCGUCCUCCGGCGGCGGGCGGGCGAGAACCGGCGGCAGCAUGCGGUGCCCCCCGCUCCUCCUCCUCCGCCUCCGCCGCCGCCUCCUCCUGCCUGCACAGCCGCUGCUCUAGAGCCCGGCGCGGCGGGGCGAUGGGCAGCGCUGCCCGCUGAGGCGCGGCGGGGGCCGUGCGAGGCGCGGGGAUGUGGCGGCGGGCGGCGGGCGGCGGGCGGAGCGGGGCGCGACCCGCGGGGCCCGGCGGAGCGCCCGGCCCCGCUCCCCCGCGCAGCGCCCCGCCGGCGGCCGGCGGAGCGGGCCUGGCCGGGGCCGUCGUGCUGCUGGGGGUGAUCGUCGCCCUCCUGCCGAGCGCCCGGGCCGAGCCGGGUAUCAGGCAACAGCAUAUCAACGUUGCUCCUUCUACAGGAUCUUUUCCUAAUUGGAGAUCUAUACUAUCACCAACACGGCCUUCCACAGAAACGAAGACUUCCUCAGUAGCUGAUAUUUCCAUGGGACAGACUUUGGAGAAUGCAAACUUGCUUCAGAUGAUAAAAACAACGCUGACUGGCACGCGUACCAGGACUUUGGAUCAAAGUCAUCUGUCGGCCACCCUUUAUCAAGGCAGUGGAAGCAGUGCAUCCCAGGAACCCGCUGAAGUUUCAGCUGAGUCGCCUCUGAGGUCAUCGUCUCAAGAUGCAGACGAAACAGCUGCUGUAUCAGGUUUGCCUCAACUUGUGUUAUCUGGAGUAUCUUCUGGUGCAAUACCUACAGUAGGAACUUCAGAAGCAAAACCACUAACAAGAAAAUCAUCUCCAGCUUCACCAGUGCCAGCUUCUUCCUUCUUUUCUCUAGGCACUGAAAACACACCUUUGCCAUCUGUGAUGGCUUUAAGCACACCAAUACUGACACUAACAAAAAAUAACACUGCCACAAACUUGACAUCGGAUCUAAGCUCAGUAGGAACACGUACAGAUUUCCCUUUUGCAACAAGAAACACAACUGCAUCACCCCUGGACAUGACAGCUAUGCUCAUAACCCCUAAAAGCAGCACGGUCACAGCUUCCACACUUGCACCCACAGCACAUGUACCAAGGCAGAUAGAAACAACAGUAACUGACACCCAGAAGUUCCCAAGCUCAGAAAUCACCAAAACGUCAACCCCGUAUCCACUGACAAUUACAGCAGCUUUGACAUCUAUUACAGCAUCAGCGAAAACAACUAGGCUUCCCCCUACUCCAGUGGAAAACAUCUCUGCUCCUCCCGAAACCACAGCAGCAGCCGCUUUCGCUAACAUGACAGCAGCUCCUCCCCUGGAUUGCCGGCUCUCCAGGAACCUUAUGGUUAAAACAGUUCUGUUUCUGAACACAAGGAGGAUGCUGAUCAGCAAUCCCUUCAAGGAGAGUGUGAGAAAAGGGCUCAACCAAGUGCUGAGACAAGCGUUCAACCAAAACGUCAGUGCUCAGGUUGAAAUCCUGGAGCAAUCGAAUAACGUAACGGUCGGCUACUACGUUACGCGGGGCAGACUGGUUUUUAUGCCAGCUGCUGUAAUCGAAAGGCUUCUCGCGUACGGCAUUAGCAACGCCACAGCAGACAUGAAGCAGCACGUCCCACAUCUCCAGUCGGUGGCGGCCCUGGCCGUGCCGUGGAAGCCCCUUCCCGCGUACCACUUCCAGCUGAAAACGGAGCUGCAGUUUGUGGGUCAAACAGACAAUAUCCAGUCAUGCAAGUUUGUUCAGACCAUGGAGCAACGGUUACAGAGAGCAUUUCAGGAUGCUGAAAGAAAGGUCUUAAACACCAGCAACAACUUAACAGUUCAGAUUUUGAACACCUCCAAUGUCUCCCAAGCUGUCACUCUGUUUUAUGUAGUGAACAAUCAAAGCACAACUCUAAAUGGCACUAUUUCCAGCAACCUUCUUAAUCAGCUGUCAGCUGAGCUGGUGGGUUUCUACCUAACCUACCCACCUCUUACCAUUGCAGAAUCUUUGGAGUAUCCAAACCUUGAUGUCUCAGAGUCAACUAGAGACUACUGGGUGAUAACAGUUAUUCAAGGGGUUGAUAUUGCAUUACUGGGACUGAACAAUCAGAGCUUUGCAAGAUUAAUGGAGCAGCGUUUGGCUCCGCUGUUUAUGAUGUCCCACCAGCAAGGAAGACGAUUCAAACGUGCCACUACCGUGGGCAGCUACACUGUGCAGAUGGUAAAAAUCCAACGUAUUCCAGGACCCAAGGAGCCAGCUGAACUGACAUACUAUACUUUAUACAACGGGAAACCUUUGCUGGGCACUGCAGCUGCCAAAAUUUUGAGUACUGUUGACUCCCAGCGGAUGGCCCUGACACUAGGUUAUGUUAUUCAAGUUCAAGCUGAUCCUGUGGUGAAGAACCCCCCAAACAACCUGUGGAUCAUUGCAGCGGUGCUGGCUCCCAUCGCUGUGGUUACGGUUAUCAUCAUCAUCAUCACAGCGGUUCUGUGCAGAAAGAACAAGAACGACUUCAAACCAGACACCAUGAUGAACCUGCCUCAGAGAGCUAAACCAGUACAAGGCUUUGACUAUGCCAAGCAACACUUAGGUCAGCAAGGAGCUGAAGAUGAGGUUUUACCUGUAACUCAGGAGACCGUUGUACUUCCACUUCCAGUUAGAGAUGCUCCCGCCUCCCAGGAGAGAGAAAUUACUCAGGAUGGGAGCACCAUCAAAACUGCCAAAUCGAAUGAAACAAGGAAAAGCCGGUCCCCGAGUCAGAACGGCUCCAUCAUCAGCAACGGGUCGGGAAAGCCCAGCUCCGGCCGGAGCUCCCUCCAGAAAGUAAUGGCACCGCAAAAAGUGACAAAAGACGAAGGAAGGAAAAGAAACGGUUUUAAAUCUUCAGAGAAAAUUGUGCCUGUAAGCGAUGAAGAGGAAGGAGGCAUUCUCUUUGAUAACAUUGCCAAAUCUGCCAUUGACCCCUUCGACACCUCUUCUGGAUCGGUACAGCUGAUAGCUAUCAAACCCGUGGCACUACCUGCUGUUCAUGCGGCAUCAGAUAGGAGCCAGGAAUCUGCCAUCAUUAAUGGAGAGAUGAACAAGGCUUUGAAGCAGAAGUCCGAUAUAGAACAUUACCGCAACAAACUGCGCUUGAAAGCCAAGAGGAAGGGGUACUAUGAUUUCCCUCAGGUUGAUAACAACAAGGGGCUGACAGAGAGAAAAAGGAUGUAUGAGAAAAACCAGAAAGAACUUGACCAUAUUUUGGAUCCAGAUGCAGAUGUCUCUUCUCCAUUUGCUGAGCCUAAGAACAGGCAACCGAUAAAGAACUCGGUAUACAGAAGCAGGCAGUCUUUGAACAGUCCUAGCCCAGGAGAAACUGAGAUGGAUCUUCUAGUGACUCGAGAAAGACCUAGACGUGGAAUCCGUAACAGUGGAUAUGACACUGAGCCUGAAAUUAUAGAAGAAACAAAUGUUGACCGCGUCAACGAGCCUCGGAGUUACGCCAGGUCCCGUCAGGCCAAAGGCCACUCGGAGACCUCAACCUUAAGUUCUCAGCCCUCGAUUGAUGAGGUUCGACAGCAGAUGCAUAUGCUCUUGGAAGAGGCUUUCAGCCUGGCCUCUGCGGGCCACGGAGGACAGAGCAGGCAGGAGGCGUACAGCUCAGCACCGCACUUGCCCUACUCGGAGGUUGUGACCAGUGCUCCUGGUACCAUGACCCGACCUAGAGGGGGGGUACAGUGGGUACCCACUUACAGACCAGAAAUGUAUCAGUACAGUUUACCAAGACCAGCUUACAGAUUUUCUCAGCUUCCUGAGAUGGUAAUGGGUUCUCCUCCUCCUCCUGUCCCUCCCAGAACAGGUCCUGUGGCUGUUGCCUCUCUCCGGAGGUCUACAUCAGAUAUUGGCAGCAAAGUGAGAAUACCUGAGUCCAGUGGGGCAGAUCAGGCCCAGCAUCAUGAUCAGGCAUCUUUUGUACCUGGUUCGAGAGCUCCGAUGUCUGUUGGUCCACUUGAUCAAUCAGCUUUUCACUCAGGAAAUACCGUACCAGCAGUGUUUGCCAUACCAGCAGCAAACCGACCUGGCUUCACAGGCUAUUUUAUCCCAACACCACCUACUGCAUACAGGAACCAAGCCUGGAUGCCCUAUGCUGGAGAGAAUGAAUUACCAGGGCAAUGGGCAGACUCAGUACCACUACCUGGAUACAUCGAGGCUUAUCCACGGCCCCGCUACCAACAUAAUUCUCCUUCACGACUUCCUCGCCAAUACAGCCAGCAAGCAAGCAUGCAUCCCAGCCUGGAACAAGCUCCUUUGCCGUCCACCGCAGCUUCUCAGCAGAGCCUGACGGAAAAUGACCCGUCUGAUGCUCCGCUCACCAACAUUUCUACAGCUGCCCUCGUAAAGGCAAUAAGGGAAGAAGUUGCUAAACUGGCUAAGAAGCAAACAGAUAUGUUUGAAUUCCAGGUCUAAUAUCUUUUGUGCACAGUAUUUGUAUCGUGCAACCUGGGGUAGCCAAGAAAGCGACUCCUUUAAUUUUCAGUUACAAACUCGGUGUGAAUUGUGCCAAAGUGAUGGCAUUUUUCUCUGUCUGAAAAGUCAACGCUAUGAAAUGACUUAAAGUAGAGGAACAGGUCUCUGAAGGUACAUAAUUCUGCUUGCCAGCUAAGGAAACGCUGCCAGGUAAAUGUUUAAUAUGGAUAAGACUGAUCAUACGCAACUGUCACUUAGCUCUCGUAUUAUGACCCGUUGUCACUAGAGAUGCUGCUGAACAUGUCUGUGCCACACGAUGUUUCAUUUGCGGGUCCAAAGGCAGAGCUGCUGAAAAUAACUUCUGCAUGUCAAAACUUUGAUUAAAGAAGCAAAUACAGUAGAACACAGUUAGCUAAAGGCCACGGUAGGUGUGGUGGUGGCCAUGUUAAUUGUUUGCUGCAGGACAUUGUAUAAGGGAUGCUGAUUUCAGCAAUGCGGAGUCAUUCAGCCUUUUCAUUCUAGAGACUGUAUUCAAACCAAAAGAAUUUGAGAUGAGUAAGUAAUACAAAUAAAUGUCCUGUAAAUAGCCCCAAUUCUCCUCAUCCUAUUAACAGUACAAAGAAGUGAAAGAAGAGAAGACUGUGAAGAAGGUGAAUGAUAUUUUGAUAAUUGGUGGCUACCUUGUCCCUCAAUGCCACUGAUGAGUUAUAGAGGAGAUUUUUUUUGGUGUGAGAGAAUACAAUGCACGAAGAGCCAACAAAGGGUAUUGGUGCUAGAAGCUUCCAGGAGAAAUGAAGAAAGGUUAUUCGUGUUUGCUCUAUAUUCAGGCUUUUCGCUCUGAAUGCAUGUGAAGCUGGUGAACCUGAGACCUCUGAGCAAGUCUUUCCAACCUGGAAUAAUGAAUACACCUGCCUGGACAAGAAAACCUCUGUUUAACACAGUGCUUUUUUCUCUUUCUUAAACAAUGAUAUCUACUAAAGUGAUGCCAGAAAGUACUACCUGAAGCUGCAGUUGAUUUUGAUUACACUGGAAUGGUGAAUGCAAACCUAGGAAGUUCUGAAUGUAGAGGACCUGAGUAUUAUAUUAACAUGUAAAUAAGUAAACAAUUACAUGGAAUAACAAAAAUACUAAUGUUCUGUGAAAAAGAGAGCAUUUCCAGAAAUUAUGCUGACUUUUCAUUGUGCAAGAUAAAGGUCACUAAUUGUUAAACUACAUUGUUGUAUGAAUCCAAUCCCAAAAGAAAAACAAACCAGUUGAAUGGGACAGUAGUUCAUCUUUUGCAGUUGUACAGACUAGUCAGAGAUCACGAACAAUUGUUUUCUGUUCCUUCAGCAAUUAGCUUCGGGAACUGAAGUUGUUGCAAAAUUUGUUGUGUUGGGCAUGUUCGAUGGACUGGAGUUAAAGGUAAUGUCCUUCAUUUCAGUAAGCUGUUUAGUUAUCCUCAAUUGCUUAUGCUGUUUUGUCUGAUCAUUUCAUUUCCCUGAGUUUCUUUGGUCUUUACUGAGGUGAGAAAGGGAACUUGGUUUAGCUUUUUGGCCAUCAGUAAAAUGAGAGGAGGAGAGAGGAGACUAGAAUAGGGGAUAGAAGAAGAAAUUGAUGAAGCACAAACUUUUAAAGCAGAGCUAUUUUUUCCCCAAAUAAUUAUAUUAUAAACCCUGACUGAGAUUGUGAUAGUUAGCCUAGAAUAUACAGAUAUCUUCUGCUCCAAUACCUUAAAUAUUGCAGAAGCUUUUGGAAUGCUAGCUAAUCUUUCAACAAAUGUGAAAUUUCAUUUUUAUUAUUUAAAAAUCAGAUAUAAAUAAAAUGUAUUUUUGUAAUUUCUAUGUAUAUAUGUGCUGUAUAUUUAUACAAGUGACUAGUCUGCUGUAGUCAGAAAGUUUCCAUAAACCAAGUGCAAAAAAGAAAAAGAAAAAAAACCAACUAGUAAUUUUAAUGAUCAAUAUAAACACACUAUGUCUGGAGGACACAAAUAUACAUUUGGGUGACUUGGACACCAAACAACCAAAGAAACUCAAUCUUUCAUAUAAAUAUAAGUCUAGUAAAGACAGACUGCUGUCUCAGUUACCUGUCAGCUAAAUAAUACUGAUCUUAUCAGUGCAAUACAAUGCAUCCAAAUUGUGUUGAAUUAAUAGCUGCCUAAGAAUAUCACACUUUAAAAUAACAACUUAAAAAUACUGGGCCAAACCCAGCGUGCCAUAAAAAGACUAGUUCUGGUUGGCUUCAGUGGGAACAUCACUCACUGAGAGCAAGGCUGAGUUUCUCUAUUAGGAUUCGUCUAUUCGUGCAAGCUUCACAAGAAUCCCUUAAACAAUAUUCUGCUUAUUUUUCAGUCAUUUAAAUCACUGUAACGUAAGUGCAGACACAAUUGAAGAGUGGCUUAUGUUUAUUUAGCCUAAGAUGGUUCAUAACUGGCUUAACCUAGCUUGGUAAGUGAAAUCUACACUAAAUCAUGUCAGCCACAUUUUGCAUCAGCUUUAUUACCUCAGUUUUUGAAUGAUUCUUCUAUUUAGCCCAGUGAAAUUUUGGAAGUAGAUAGGCCCUUCUAUGCAAUGGGAGUGAAAUGUGCUGUGAAAUAAAUUUCUGUAUCUUAGACUCCAGUCUUGCAGAGUUAUCCUAAAGCUGCAGGUAUGGAAGAAGCAGCAAUCACAUGGAUGGGAGUGUGAAGCCACGUAGCUGGGAAGGGUAAUGUUAUGACAUGUUCCCAAAAGAGUCACGGGAGAUAGGACAUACCAGAUUUAAACAGCAUCUUUGGGACACUUAGCUCUUUUUGUAAAUCUGUACCUGUUCUUAAAUACAAGCAAUUUAGUAGUUCUGUUGAAAAAUGUGUGAGAGUAAAGCCUCAUAUAUCUUACAUGAUGAAGCAUAUAUCUUGCCAUACUGGAAAUUUAGAAGUUUGGAAAUUAUGUAGAUGUACAGGGUUUGAAUGCCUACAUGCAAGCAAAAUGAACAAAUAGAAAAAUCCAAAAUAAAAACAUUUGAAUAGCCUUCUAGAAAGAAAAAAACAUUUCAGUAAAGUUAAACAAAGUACUCUUCAUACUGCUGAGGAAGACCUGUUAGUCUUUCAAAAUUAAUUUUGUUUGGUAUUGUAUCAAUGACGUGCAGUCUAUUGAAUAUUCCCUGAACCAUCACUCUGAAACCAUUGUGGUGCACUUUAUUCACAAAGACAUCUUACAUUCUUCAUUCAUAAUGGCUUUUUAUCCUGUUUGUAAUAUGUUUCUGUAUUAUUUUUUUUUAAGUACAAAGUAAGAUAUCAAGACACUAAGGACAUUCCUGGGAAAGAAAAAUCAUGCUGUAAUAUUUAUACUGUCUGAGCACAAAGCAAUGAUAAAGUGAACAUAUAGUGUACAAAUAAUUUGUAAUAUAAUAAACAUUUUGUAUGACUACAAUUACAAUAUAGUUUUUCAAUACUGAUUUCAGAGAAGAAAGUAUACCUGUUUAAAGUUACAACCUCAUCAGACUAUAUUCAUGCCAUUUUUACUGAUAAAAACUUAGUCAUUAAGGUUUUUCUACUAAAUGCCCCAAUUUUCUUUAAAAUAAUGUUAAAUGUUUAGCUGAAAAAACUGUUUUCUGUGUACAAAAAUGUUGAUGUUCUCACCACUGACCACUAUUUGUCUUCAGAUUUGUAAAUCAUCAGUAGAAACAUCUGCAAAUGAAACGCACGUAAAAUUACUUCUUGGUAUGUGUGUUAUGACCACUUUCAGUAGGUAUACUAUGUGUGACAUUUAUUAACAUCAGUAGAACAGUAAUUUUAUGAGGAUAAGAGGGUAAUCUUUGAGAGUUGUUUUUUGAGAAAAACAUAUUAUCUGGAUUUGAGAGAAGCUCUAGCACUCAGUCUAGAAAUAUGAAUAAUACUUGUAUGUAGUAAUAUUUUGGGUAGAACUUGAUAGAAGUGCAUGUAAAUCCUAUAUAUAGAAAUGGGGAGAUUAUCAUAAGCAAUGAUCAUUUCUUUUUCAGACUAACUUUGAAAAGGUGAGACGUAAGAAAUGUAAGAUAAUGUAAGAUAAAAAUGUGAAGCAGGUAGAAAAAGCAGCAUUGGAUUGAGUGGCAGAACUGUCUAGUUUAAGGGAUGAUACGUACAAAGCUAACUCCAGUUUUCAUUAUAUUUCGAGAUGUCUGUUGAAGAAUUAAUUACAUUUUAAUGUACUGGGUUUAGUCCUGCAUUGCAAAUAUAAGAGCUAACUGCCAGCUUCCAAAAGUCUGAAGGAGAUUUGAAAGCAGCAAGUUUUCUGAGCUAGCAGAAGUCACUUCAUUUUGCUGACUUUGUUCAUCCUCUACACAUCUGAGCAGGUCUGAGCACUGUGUCCAAGGAUGCCGUAAAUCAGUUAUGGUCCUGACCUUGCAUUUCUAGUACAUAAACAAAUCUCAGUGGCUUCCCAUACCUCACUGACACGAAAUGAGAUAGGAAGAGAACAAGUGUGAGGUAAUAUGAAGGAUAUUAACAGGUCAGGAGUACCUUAACAGUCUGGAAGCCAUGGAUCUUCUGUUGCAUAUUAACACAUACCUAGUAGAAAAUGGUUGUGUUUGGCAGCUGUUCUCAGCAAGCUACAUUCAUUUCAUUGUCGGUGACCGUAUGUAUAAAUUAAGACUCAGUCCUAUCACAAGAGCGUGUAUCGAUUCAUGCUUCCACUGAUUUGUUUAAGCCAUGUGCAUUCUCUGUGCAGCUCCACGAGUGGCAUAAUUAAGACAAGUGGUUUCCGGUUACUCCAAGUAAUCUCUUGUAAUAAAACACCAAGUUGUGUGACAUCUUAUAUGUAUUUUACUGCAUCAUUAGGAGGGUGAAAACGAAAGACACGAUCAUACAGUAUGUUAGUAUAUUAAUACCGUAUGUUAGUAUAUUAAUACCGUUAGCCUUUUUUUAAAGGCUUUGUGCAAAAGGGCAAGUUUGGUCUGCUAAGCUCAGGACUGCUCCCUAGUCAGAGCGCGUGCAGGGCAUCAGUACGCUGUUGUGGCUGACGGAGCACGUCUCUCCUCUCGCCUCUUACUGCCCCUCCAGAAAAGGGUACAAGCACACAGCUGUUUUAAGACAGGCGUAAUUUUGAAAAUAAGUAUACGGGGUAAAUAACAUCUACCUAGUUCUCUGUGUUCACUCCAGAUGCGUUACUGGUCUGCUAAGCAGUUUUUACAAAGCAGUGUGUGUUCAAAGAGAAAUUAAUUAGCUCAAGCUUGUUUAAUGUAAUGUUAUUUAGACAUAGCACUUCAGACUUUUAACAGUGCUAUAUGGAAUCAGUAUGUCAAGCGGUAACUUAACACUUUCUGUGCUAGACUUUCUUUUCAUGGGUUAAUUUUUUGGCCAUAACUCCAGGACUGAGUAAGAUUUUUUUUUUAAUUAUUUUUUUUUGCUUAUCAAAAUACUUCAAAGUUAAUUUUUUCCAUUUUAAAGGGUAGGCAUGCAAAAUGAGGAUAAGCAUACUCUUUUAGAAUACUUUUUUUGAACUCUUGCCUUUCUCUUGUAAAUAAAUAAUGCAAAACUUGACUUGUGGAAAUGAGAUUUAUAUAGGUCAGUAAAUGAAUUGCAUACUGACUUGCUCUUUAAAAGAAAGUUUCAAGAUGGCCAAGUCACAAAGGCAAAGCUCGUUAAUACCGCAGAAUCUCUACUGAGAAUAACUGCAUUGCACAUCCUUGAUUAAAAAUGUUUUGCCAUCCCCAAUGAGUGAAAAGCAAUCAGAAAACCGCACAUCUUGCGAUUCUUGUUAUUCAGGAAAAACUUUGCUUGGGCUGUGUACAAGACAUGGGAGAUGAGACAGGGAUUUCGAUAGGGUGCUGAGGUGGAUAGACUAUCCUGUGUAACACGUUUGCCUUUUGGGUGGCCCUGAAUACCAACAGGCAUAAAAACUACACCGAAGUGGUGUGUCAGAAAGGUGGUUUAGGUCCCAAUUUUUAAAACUGUUGAGAUGCCCCCAAAUCAUAUAAUAUUUCAUGUUUUUAAAAAUCAGCUUCAGACCAUAUUCCUAUUGAAAAUCCUAGGAGUAUGGUAUCAUAAUCAUAUAUAUAUAUGUAUAUAUAUACACACACACACACACACGUAUGUCCAAAAAUAUUUUUUGAAAACUAGUUCUUCGAUCCGUCUAUUUGUCCCCAUCCAUUUCAUGUUCCUUAAGGUGUACAGAGGCAGUAAUGAAGUGUUAGUUCCCAGAGUUCUUCUGUUAUGAAGCUCAUGAAAGAUGAGAAAUGUUUUUUAAAUAGUUAGGUGGUCAAAUGUAUAGCAGAUGUCUCGAAAAUAAUGACAAAUACCAUGAAGAGGUGUUUGAUUUUUUUGCAUUUGUUAAAAAUAAUUCUUGUUUUAAGAAGUGCCUGACUUUUCAUAAAUUCCCAUGCUCAAUUCAUUCCCAAGGAGUAGCUUGAAACUAUAUUACAUUCUGUAAAUAAUUUUGUAACUUUAUAAAUACAUAUUUACAUACUAGGCAAUAAUGGGUCCAAAGGAUUGUAAAUCAUACAGAAAGUUGAUUCCACUGAGUACAAUAUUUAGAGAGGAGGUGAAUUUUUCUUCCAAAGUAUGUCCCUCUUCAUUGCAGCUCAAUGCAUUUCUAUGCUUUGUAAACCAGUGUCUGAACACCGUAACACACACUGGCAUCAGCUAAAAUAUCGUAUAUCUGGCAAGGAGCAUUGACUUUUGCAGCCUCCAGUGGGACUUUGUAAAGAGUGCCUGUGUAUAUGAUUAAUUUUUUAAACUAUUAAACAAGAAAUUUGUGGGUCCUUAACUCUGGCUUUUUGCAAGGAAUCAGUGGCUUUUAGGUCCUGCAUCACCAGCAAACUUAACCAAUAGAUACCUUGAGAUGUGAUGCAGCAGCAGAAUACAGCAGCCUAUGCCAGGGAUUCACCAGGAUCUAAAAAGCCAAGUGACUGUAGUAGAAUAGGUGGUAAAACUUCUAUUUCAGCAGUGGAUGGACACGAAGUAAUUACGAAUUGAUUACUAUGGCAGGUCAAAGAGUCUUGAAGUUAACUGCUUGGAAUCAAUUUUAUGUAUUUAGUUGGCUUUUGAUUUCUUCAUUUGUUAAAGCAGUGCAAAAAUAGCAACAUUAACAGCAUAUUCUAUUUCAGAGUUAUAAACAUGGGAGAUCUGAAUGUAAGUAAACUUGAGCUUCAUUCUUCGUCCUUGCCUUUAUUUACUACUUUCAGCACUGCAAGUAGGGAAGUAGGAAAAAAACCCAAAACAACAUUUUACCCUCUGCCAAAUUAAUUUUAAUAUUUCUUUCUAUGACAGAGAGACUGGGAAGGCUUUUUUCAUUUCAUGUUGGUGUUGGGUUCUUCAAACUCUAUUCAAGGUCAUAUUGGAUAGAAAAAAUGACAGUGAAGCCAAAAAUUUUGGAAAAUAAGGUAGAACCCAUCUUACUGAGGCUUGAAUUUUGGUUUAGGAUUUAGCAACCCAGCAGAAACAGCUCAGACCCGACAAAGGGUCUGUUCGGGGCAGUUGUUUGAGUCUCAUUAGAAAGGACAUGUGUACAGUGCAGAUAUUGCUAUGUUCUUUGACUUUUUAUUUUCAUUUAAUGUCUUUCUUGCCAGUGCUGUGCAUUCUGAAUUUGACUUUAUAUUGGUGUACACAAAGAGGUGCACUCUUUAGCUCGCUGAUAUACUGCUGGUGUGAUAGAAGUAGUAACCAACAUACGUGAUAUAAUUUUUCAUUAGCUAUGGCACUGUUCUUUGGCCCUUGUUCUGCUUUGUGAUACUUACAGAUGUCAUAUUAGUAUUAAGGCAAAACAUGAGUACAGGUAAUGUCUUCCACCAAAGUUAUUGGCAAACCACCUGCUCACUUCAAGGAGAGCAGGACUGAUCCAGUGUUCUCUCAGUGAAUUAGCCAUCACAAGUAUCUUAAAAUUGUGCAAAGAGAGGAAGGAUGCUGUCUGGUUAUGGGUAGCUGGAAAUUAGGAGAUUGGAGGUCAGUUGACCCUUCAGAAUUUCGGAUUGGUUGUGGGCAAGACGCUUAAUCUGACUAUGCCUCAGUGUCCCUGUCCGUAAAGCACGGUGAAGAAGACUGCCUCUCCUCACACCCCUGGUGAGAGGCUGAACUAACGGAUAAUGUUAGAAACACUGAAACCCUGGAGUGCAAGUGGUUACUUUAGUAUGAAGCACUAUUUAGUAUUUCAUAGAGCUUGGUAAUUGUUCAAGACUAUAAAUUAGCUGUUCCUCUAGUAGCAUUUAAAUAUACAUGAAUUUACAAGAAAAAACACCCCACCUCCUGAUACUAUUUCAGGAUGUUCUAGGAAGCCUUUCCACUAACAGCUUCUACACUUUUUUACAGAGAUGUUACAUCAAUAAAUUGUCUCACUUCCCAUGCAACAGAUCUCACUUCCUGAUGAAAUGAACUUUUCUUACAUCUUUGAAUUAUGGGAAGGACUAGCUCUGCAUGAUUACAAAUGUCCAUAUCAUCUUUGUUGUUCACAGCUUGAUUCAACUAAACUGUAAUGGCUGUGUCUGUGAAAAUUGCUCAAAAUUUAUAAGUGUUUCAGCUAUAAAUGGGAAAAUUAGUUUUCUGAAGCCACUUAAGAGCUGCAAAACUGAGAGUGAUUUGUAAAGCCAAGUCUAGGGAUUAAACUGAAAGAGGAAGAAAAUAAUUAAUUAAAAUUUUAUACUAUGCAAUCAGAAGGCAAAUCUCCAAGAACUUGUUCCUUUUGCAAUUACAAAUGUAAAACCAUACCAAUGGUAGAAUUUUACAUAUCACUGAAAAGGAGGCAUUUAAAAUGUUCUGGGUCAUUACCAAAUGGCUGUGUUUUUACUCUGGUGAUUCUAGAAAUGAAGCUUACAAGUACAUAGAAUAGUUUCUUUCAUGUUAGUGGCUAUAGCUUAGUUGAAGUUGUACAUGUUUUUCUUGGCAAUUUUGCACAUUAAAUAAAAUAUGUCUUAAAAUCGA